AUGGUGGAGCAGUCUGAUCGAGCUCCACUGUUGGACUGGGAGGAGAUCCCACCGCCAGACCCUAACCAGGCGGGCCCGACGCCGUCACAGCCGCGGGAGGAAGACGCUCCGGCGGAGAAAAGUUCGCAGACAGUGGGGACCGUGGCUGGUACUGCAGUCUCCACCUGCAGCCCGGCUAGCAGUGUGACAGCUGUUGUUGUCAGCGGGGACGGAAGCCCGGUCCCUCCGCGGACAGAGCUCCGUGGGCAGACGUUGGCUCGACCCGAGGCUCUUGGUACAGCUCGUCAUGUUCCUUUCCCCGGCCUCUCAAUGAGAGAUCAGUGGGAGGAAAAGGAUCAGAUAGUGGCCGUGUUUGUCGUUACCUUUGAUACCAGAUCAGGGAACAUGGUAGAGUGGUGCCUGCCUCAUGACAUCAACCUAGAGGGAGUUGAAUUCAAGUCAAUGGCCAGCGGCUCCCAUCGGAUCACCAGUGACUUUAUAUAUUUCCGAAAGGGCUGUUACUUCGGGCUGGCUUGUUUCGCUAACAUGCCCGUGGAGAGUGAACUGGAGAGAGGAGCGAGGAUGAAGUCGGUGGGAAUUCUGUCUCCGUCCUACACUCUGCUUUACCGCUACAUGCACUUCCUGGAGAAUCAAGUCAGGCACCAGUUGCAGUGUCCGGGUCAGUAUUCUCCACUCGAGGCCUUCUACGAGGAUAAGAAGGCUGUCCUUCCACCUUCAGGAAAUGGCCUGGUCACUGCUUGUCCAACCUGGAGUGUUACCACCAUCAACCGCUGCAUGCACCCAGAAAUGAAGAUCACCCACCCGGCUGGCUGCAUGUCUCAGUUCAUCCAGUUUUUCGGCGAGCAGAUCUUGGUGCUGUGGAAGUUUGCCUUGCUGAGGAAACGUAUCCUCAUCUUCUCCCCUCCACCUGUAGGUGUGGUCUGCUAUAGGGUGUAUUGCUGUUGCUGUCUGGCCAACGUGUCUCUGCCAGGAAUCGGUGUCUCUGUUCCUGAACUGCGGCCUUUCUUCUACAUCAAUGUAGCCGACAUCCCUGCCCUGGAAACAGAGAUGUCAUAUGUGGCCUGUACCACAGAGAAGAUCUUCGAGGAGAAGAAGGAGCUGUACGAUGUCUACAUCGAUAACCAGAAUGUGAAAACACACAGAAGCCAUUUGCAGUCACUGCUACGUCUGAAUGCAGCAGAUAAGGAGAAGUACAGGAAACUGAGUGAACAAAGGCAAACGUUGCUGUACAAUCAGGAGGUGGAUGGAGACUGCACGUCAAGUGAAGAGGAUCUUUUUAUUCUGUUCUUCAUGGAGCUGAAUAACCGCAUCUUCCAGACACUGUCUGAGGUCGCAGGGAGCACUGACCCCACCCUGACCGCUGAGCAUGUGAGAGCCAUGGGGCUGGAUCCCCAGGGCGACCGCUCCUUCCUGGUUGACCUGCUGGAGGUGUACGGUUUUGACAUUACCCUGGUCAUAGACAACCUCUGUUGCACCUGAGUCUUGGAAAGUGAGGACCUCACUGGAUUAUCUGUGCCUUCAAGGCCCACGAACGCACUCCACCAAGACACUGAAGACACUGCCUCCACCCUGGGGCUUCAUCUGUUGCCUGCUGUCUCCUCCUGGCUGUGUGUCUCCCUUCUGUGUGCGUCUCUUCUGACCUGUAGACGAGACCUGUUUCCAACCUGUGUGGGUAAUGAAGGCACUCAACAUUACCCAGUGUCUACCGUGGCUAAUGAUCUUCUGUCAGACAGACAGUGGCUGCUUGACAGCUGCAAGUCCUUUUAGCCAUUCAUGUCUUACAUCGGUCCAUACCGGAGUUUGUGUGUGUGCUUGUCUGUCUUAGAUUCCUCCUGAAGUGGCUAGAGUUCAAGCACUGGAUUGAAACUUAAAAUAUUUUUUGAUCAGGCAUGGUAAUAGCAGGGUGAUUAGUCAUUCUCCAAUAGUCUCAUCCCGGCGAAGAAAGAAGGUGAAACCUUCACAAUCCUGUAGUGGAAAUUGAUUGAUCUCUUUAAUUGGAAAUUGUAGCCUCUAUAGGUGUGUGAGACAACUUCUGCUGUAAUACCAUACAUAGGUGUCUUGCUAUAGUAUAAAGCUACUACUGGAAACUUUUUGAUUCAUUAAUUUGCCUUCCGGAAAAAGUAGCACGAGUCUGUGUCGGCUAAAGUAUCCACCUUUUGAUGUAUAUUUAGCCUCACAGUCGUCUGCUUAUUUCGACUGACAGUGAACGGUGAGUUGAAACAAAAAUGUCGAGUGUGAUAUUCUCUUUUGAUAAAAGGGUAGGGUUGAUUAUUCGAAAAGGACAAGCUGUUUGUAAUGACUUCACUUUUUAGGCACCGUCAACAUGAGGUGGAUGUGACGGUGUCUCCAUUUGAUCAAACGGAGAAGGGGAAUAUACUGGAAAUGCUUUUGUCUCGUUAUAUGUCUUAAAUUGUUAAACUACUUAUCCUGAAUGCUGCACCAUGUCCACCAUGGGACUUUUUCCUGAUGCAUAUAAUGAUCAUGCUAAUUAUAGUGUUGUUGUUUUUUUUUUUUUUUUUUAUUACUGAUAUGUCUAUGACAAAGUUUGAGCCAGCAAGUGAUUGUAGAGUGGAGCGGGGUUUGUGUGCAUAUGUGUGGGUUGUUGCAAUAGGGUAUACAGGUUUUUUCUGUGUACAGAGUUUGAAUCAUCAGCAGGAGAUAAUGGUGAAUGGGGAGUCCUUGAUGGAGCGGUUUGUAGUUUACUCAAUGGUCGGCUUCAAAGACAGUGUCUCCACUUUUCUGUGUCCGUGACAAAGGCCUUUUUGUGUUGUUGGAGGUCUGGUAACGUCACAUUGAAGGCUGAGCCGGACAAAAAGGCCCCCCCGCGCCCGUCUGUUUUAGCAGAGGCCUUCUAUCCUUUUCGUCACAGUCCCUUUCAAUGAAUUCAGCUCAAGAGACAGUGUCUUUAAAUGACUCCUGGCAGACUGCUUCAGAUCAUCCAUCACGUUGCCUAUCAAAGUGAUCAUUUGUUCCAUAUUGGAACCCAAGGCUGAAAUUCGCCUUGUAUGAAUUAAAAGUAGUGAUUCUCAUUUUUUUUUAUUAUCAGAAACAUAUCUUUAAUUACCUUUGUCCUGGACUAUGCUGUUGGUACUGUGUCUUGUGUAAAAGUAUAUUUAGAGCCACUGGAAACCGGAGUAAAAUCCUUGUAUGUACAAACACACAUUAAGCUGAUUGUAAUUAUGUUUGCGACACUUUCCAACACUGCUCCUUCGAGGGCCUUGUCCACAUGUUGAAGUUUAAGAAUAUCAAGAGGGACAAAGUGUUUGUGUAUUUGGACGAAAAAUGUCACUUAGGUUUUCUCAUUUUAAACGGGUCCUUAAAGAAAUGUGACUUUCUCUAAUCUAAAGUGACUGACUCAAUAACUGUAUGUUCGUCAGCAAUAUUUGCUCAAAGAUUAAGCUUAAGCACUGCUGGGUGACCUUAUCCUCUGUUUGCUUGUCAUAAGACAUGUUUUCUUGCCCCUGACAGCAUUUACUUUACAGGUGUAUGUUAGAUGUAAAGGGGAAUGUACACACUCACACAGCACUGUAUAAAAUGCCUUCUUUGUGAAGUCCUUCACAGAUGUUUAUCGGCGUCCGCGACGACGGAAUCGUUUGUACUGCGUGUCACUCCACUGAUUGUCACAGACAGCAAAAGUAUUGCACACAUACAGCAGCACAUCCAAAUAGUGUACCCGUUUCCUUCUCGACUGUAACGUAUUUAGAAAUAACACCUAACUUUUCACCUUUACUAAUGUGAAACACUGUAAGAGAUGUCAGUAAUGUACACAUGAACUCAUUAGCAUGAGCAACUGCUUACUUCACUGUACUGCCUUUGUAAAACAAUAAAUACUGUUAUCUGCUAUUAA